UCCUUUCAUUCUGCUCUCCCGGCUGCCAUGUCCGCGGUAGACCAACACAAUAAAACAUUAAGAUAGCAAAAUAUAUCCCCGACACCAGACUUGAAUGUCAUUCAUUUAACGGAAUUAGGAGAAUCUUCCCUCCGUUUCUCAAGCUUGACAGUCGGCUCGCCACGUGACGUCGGAGCCCCGCGCGUUGCCCACCACACUUUUGUCUACUACAGCUCAAUUUCCUUCACCGGGUCUCCGUUCCGGUUUUGGGUCGACUACGGGGUGCUUUCAUCCGUUCCCACCAUGAGACUCUGGCGGCGGAGGAAGAACUUGGUCUCCCUCGUCUUCUUCGCUGUCAUCUGUUGCCUGACCUCGGCUAUCGCGGACGUUGACGGCGACAUUUACAACACUCUGGAGGGAAGCGUCUCUCCCAAGGCCGGACAUCAAGGCUAUGGGACCACCGUACCUCUGCUGCUGAUGGGCCCGCUCACUAGACCACUCGGCCAACUUGCCCCCGGGGGUUAUCCUUCGUCAUUGCGGCUGCUGGUUCUGGCUGAAGGCGAGCAGCUGGUCCUGCUGCUGGAGAAGAACCAAGGUCUGUUUGCCAGCCACUACACAGAGACUCACUACCAGGAGGACGGAGGCGCCGUCAGCAAUCCUCACAACGUGACGAAGAACUGCUACUAUCACGGGACGGUGCAGGCGCAUCCCGACUCUGACGUCACCCUCAGCGCCUGCUCGGGCCUACGAGGCUUCAUCGCGCUGGAGAACAAGUCGUUCAUGGUGGAGCCGGCGUCCGGCCGAGGAGCGGGCGUCCACUUCAUCUACCGGGCCGAGGAGCUGCCGCUGACCCGAGGGGACUGCGGUCACGGGCUCAACGUGUCCUCCGUCGCCCCUGAAGACCACCUGAAGAAACCCUUCCAGUCCUUCCACUCCAGGCACAAAAGGCACGCGCAGAAGACCACCAAAUACGUGGAGCUGAUCAUCGUGGCGGACAACAGAGAGUUUCAAAAACAGGGGAAGGACGUGGAGAAGGUGAAACAAAGACUGGCAGAAAUAGCCAAUUAUGUUGACAAGUUCUACCGAGCGCUGAACAUCCGCGUGGCCUUGGUGGGUCUGGAGGUGUGGAGCGACCACGACAAAUGUCCCGUCACGCAGGAUCCCUUCGCUACCCUUCACGAGUUCCUCGACUGGCGCAAAGUCAAACUGCUCCCUCAGAGGCCUCACGACAACGCUCAGCUCAUAAGUGGGGUUUACUUCCAGGGCACCACCAUCGGCAUGGCGCCCAUCAUGAGCAUGUGCACGGCCGAGCAGUCCGGAGGCAUCGUCAUGGAUCACUCCGACGUGGCGCUGGGCGCCGCCGUGACGCUGGCCCACGAGCUGGGACACAACUUCGGAAUGAACCACGACACGCCGGAGCGCGGCUGCGGCUGCCGGAUGACGGCGGACCGCGGCGGCUGCAUCAUGACGCCCUCUACUGGGCAUCCGUUCCCCACGGUGUUCAGCACGUGCAGUAAGAAGGACCUCGCAGCCAGUCUGGAGAAAGGUGUGGGCAUGUGUCUGGACAACAUGCCCGAGGUCAAGGUGCUCUACGGAGGCCAGAAGUGCGGCAACGGCUACGUGGAGGAGGGGGAGGAGUGCGACUGCGGGGAACCAGAGGAAUGUUCCAAUCCGUGCUGCAACGCCACCACGUGCACGCUGAAAGGAGACGCCGUGUGCGCCCACGGACAGUGCUGUGAAGACUGCCAGCUCAAACCGGCGGGCACCGUGUGUCGGGUGUCGGGCAACUCCUGCGACCUGCCCGAGUUCUGCACGGGCGCCGACCCUCACUGCCCGGCCAACGUCUACCUCCACGACGGCCACGCCUGCCACGACGUGGAGGGCUACUGCUACAACGGCAUCUGUCAGACCCACGAGCAGCAGUGCAUCACCCUGUGGGGCCCAGGAGCCAAGCCGGCACCGGGGAUCUGCUUUGAGCGCGUCAACUCAGCGGGGGAUCCUUACGGGAAUUGCGGGAAGGACUCCAAAGGCUCCUUCGCCAAAUGCGAUGCAAGAGAUGCAAAAUGUGGAAAGAUCCAGUGCCAGGGUGGCGCCAACCGGCCCGUGAUCGGGACCAACGCCGUUUCCAUAGAAACCAACAUCCCACUCCAAGAGGGGGGCCGUAUCCUGUGUCGGGGAACGCACGUGUACCUGGGGGACGACAUGCCGGACCCCGGUCUGGUCCUAGCCGGCACCAAGUGUGGGGACGGCAGGGUGUGUCUGAAUCGCCAGUGUCAGAACGUCAGCGUCUUCGGCGUGCACGAGUGCUCAGGAAAGUGCAAUGGACGUGGGGUGUGCAACAACAAGAACAACUGCCACUGCGAAGCGCACUGGGCGCCCCCGUUCUGCGAGGGGGCGGGCUUCGGGGGAAGCAUCGACAGCGGGCCGACGAGACUGGCAGCCCACAGCCUGGCCGUCACCGUGGCCGUCCUGGGGGCCACCAGCGGCCUUCUGCUGGCCAGCGCCCUGGUCUUCCUGAAGAGGAAGACUCUGCUGCGUCUGCUCUUCACCAACAAGAAGAGCACCUUGGAGAAGCUCAGGUCCAUCGAGGAAAAGAGGCCAACCAGCCCACUCAGCAGUCAGUCCAUGUGUAGACCACUACCACAACGUAGACCUCCCCCCAAACCCAGCAUUUAUAAGCCUCCUCCUUCCCUCCUGAGCGCAGAGCCGCUCCUCCCCCAGCACAAGUUCCACUCCCACAGCCUGCGCCGCCUGCCGCUCUACCAGCCCCUCAACAUCAGCCAGCCCAUGCCCGUGUCACUCAGCGUGGGUCAGCCCAUCCUGCCUCCCCUGCCCGCCCGACACAGGUUGCCGCCGGCACGCCACGCUCUCUCGCCGCCGCCUUUUCUCAGUCUGCCCCGCCAGCCCGCGUCCUACCUCCUGGUGCAGGACCUGGACAAGCCAAGUCCGCCCCAGAAGCCUCUUCCUGCCGACCCGCUGGGGAGAGGCCUUCGUCUGGCUCACGGUGCCCCGAUGGUGGGCGUUCACAUGCCGGGAAAAGGGCUGCUGCCCAUCCCCAUCCCCACUGUGCCCAGACCUCCACCCACCAUCCCUUUACCCAGCAGACCUGCUCCAGUGUUGCCCUACAGACCACCAAAGACCCCCAAAGACUACUGCUGAGCUUUGCCUUCUACUCCAAGCACAAAGAGGCUUU